AAUGAAAGUGUAGAAAUGAUUCCGGUGCUCUAAUUUACUCCUAGAAUCAGUUUUUUUUAAAAGUCAGAGAAGACUAGCUUCUAAAAAGUGGAGUGCAAUUUUGUUCACCCCUCCUUGGAGAGUGGAUAUAACCCCUCCCUAUUUGCUUGCCAUGCGGCAAAAAAAUGAAAUGACAAAUGACAACAUUUGAGAGGUGAUUUCACCCUCUUGAACAAAAUUGCACUCUAAAAAGUGAUGAUUUUACUUCUAAACAAAAGAAAUAGAAGCAUGGAGUAUUUUCAAACAGGGGUUUAUGUUUAGGAGCCCGUUUGGUAGCACCAAAAUCGGCUGUUUUGGCUGAUUCUGCUGAAAUUUAUGAUAUUCUGGCUGGAGUGGCUGUUUUGGCUGAUUCUGCUGAUUUAAGAAAAAAAUAUUUUAAAAAUAUAUUUUAUUAACAAAUUAAAGAAAAAAUUAUAUGUAAAUAUAGCUAAAAUGGUCCUCUACAGUAACUUCAGCCAAUACAGCCAGAAAAGUAACUCCAACCUUACUUUUUCGGCUUAUUACACAAUUCAGCGCGCAAAAGUAAAAGUUACGUGUUUGGUGAAAAAGCGGGCUGAUAAGCCUGAUAAGCCGAAAACAGAGUUCUCCAAACGGGCUCUAGAUUUCAAACAAGAACCCACUGUUGAUGGAAUCGCCAGCGGCCGUAUCUGCUGCUUCCUUCGCCGAUGGAUCUAAAGCGGAGAAGCAUCCCGAUCCGUUCUUUAGGCGCUUUGAAUACCCCCUAUUGUCAAAACGUCUCAGGAAGCCUGAUGAAGCCGCAGGAUGUCGUGAAUCGAAGGAAAGCGCCUAUUUUCCAAGUUUCACAGCAAAACCGCCCAGAGAAUUUGUAUGGGACACGCCAGAAUCGACCAUCAUUCAUGCCGGCGAGAGUGAAGAUGAAUCUGCAAGCGGCAGCACUGGUUUGAGCAUACCUUCUCCACCACCAUAUGACGAUAUGGAGUAUUAUAACCCUUCAGGGCCUUCACCUCCCCCUCCUGAUUCACCUCGGACUAUCCAGAAGAGAAUGGAAGAGCGGCGUAAGAUUGCUGAAGAGAAGCUCGGGGCUUGUUCCAUGAAAGAGGGUCGUCAGUUCCAUGAACCCACGAUUUCACCCACAAAAAUAAUGACGGAAUCAUCGCCGGCAGCCGUAUCUGGUGCUUCCUUCUCCGGUGGAUCUAAAGCAGAGAGGAAUCCCGAUCCGUUUCUUAGGCGCUUUGAAUACCCAGUGUUGGCAAAACGUCUUACGAAGCCUGAUGAAGCCGCAGGAUGUCGUGAACCGAAGGAAAGCGCCUACUUUCCCAGUUUCACAGCAAAACCGCCCAGAGAAUCUAUAUGGGUCACGCCAGAAUCGGCCGCCAUUAAUGCCGGCGAGAGUGAAGAUGAAUCUGAAAGCUGCGGCAGCAGCCCUGGUCUGAGCAUACCUUCCCCACCACCGUAUGACGAUAUGGAGUAUUAUAACCCCUCACCCUCCCCUCCCAUUUCACCUCGGACUAUCCAGAAGCAAAUGAAAGAGUUGAGAAAGACUGCUGAAGUUUGAAGAGACUCAUGGGGGUUAUCAUGUGAAAGAGGGUGGUCACUUCCCGGAGAUACACUAUAGGGCUGCAAAAGAAGCUCUUGAAUGGUACAACUGCAAGAACAGGGCACAGUUCAAGCUUCUUCAGUUGGUGGAGGUGGAUAUUGCUGCUGUUUCUGGAUUCGUUUUCUUUAUCACCAUGAAGUAGGGCUAGACUCGGUUCGGGCCGGGCCCGGUUCGGGCCUUGAACCGGCCGGGCCUCGGUUCACCAAAAGGAGGGCCCGGGCCCGAACUGGCAGGUGACCGGUUCCGGGCCGGUUCCGGGCCAGACCGGGCCGGUUCCGGGCCGGUUCACCCACCCCAUUUUUUUUUUUUGAUUUUUUGGCUUCUCUUAUUUAACCCC